AUGCAUCGUAGGUAUGAGUCAUUCCUUAGCACCGCAUUUUUUCGUGAUGGGGAUUUCUUUUGCGUCGAUAGCCGUGGGAUUAUGGGAGUUUUUUCUCCGAAGGAUAACAGUUGGAAAGUUCUUGAGGAACCUCAUGAACAAAGAACUUUUGGUUCUCGUCCAGGUUUCUUAGUAGAGUGUGGUGGGGAUCUUUUAUUAGUGAAAUUAGAACAUCAUGGGAGGUCGAUUAGGAUUUCAAGGUUGAAUUUCUCUGAGAUGGAAUGGGUAAAGGUUGAGAGUUUGGAAGAGUAUGUGUUAUUUAUUAGCCACACAUCAUGUGUAUCGGCAGUUGCUCCAAACAAUUACAUGAAGAAUAAAGUCUAUUUCCCUAGAUUACAUCUUAAUGAUGGUGGGAUUUUAUUCUAUUCACUUGAAACAUGUAGUUAUCACACUCUUGGGAGCCAGCAUUCUGCAGACGACACAGAAGGAUGCACUUGGAUUGAACCUAAUAGCUCGGUGUCCACUUCUGAGGAGCUCGACUGGCUCAAGAAACCUUUUCAGAGUGAGUAA